UCAUGCCACCACCGAUAGUGCACAAGGCACCAAUGCCGCCAAUAAUAGCCCAGUGACGGUCGAAACGGUCAGAUCGAAGUCGGUUUGUUUGAUGGAUACUUUCUUAUUUUAUCUUGCUAGCUUUUAAAGAUAAACGGAGUUUGAACGAGUGGAUAUGGUCGCAAAUACAUUACCCGUUUCUAGCUAGUAUGGAUAUACACUCUCCUCCAUAUAGUCAAGGAUGCUCUAACAAUUCUCUUAGUACCUACAUAGAAUAUCAGUAUAUGAUCUCCACCAUUGCCAGCAUCGUGACACUGGUCUUACUACAGCCGAACGUUCUAUACUCUAUGGAGUCAUCUGUUCCCGUAUCCUCCAUAUUCCCCGUAUAUUAUAAACGUUGCGCAGCUCGCUGUACUUUGUAUAAAGUCUUUUGUUCUUCCUUUUUUGUUUAGUGACUUUGACUGAGCUCAUCAAGACCAAGAAUAGCAAGCUAUUUUCACCCACAAUUUCCUUUUUCAAUGUAUGUGAUGAUGGAUAAAGAACAUCAUUGCGAGGAGCUCUUGAAGUUUUCGGUCGUUCCUUUAUUCCUGCAUUUAUAUACGAGUUCAUAGGAUGGCGAAGAC